AUGGAUGACAUAUUCUUGUGGCUGGUAACGAUCGUGCUGGGAUUUUUGUUACUCAAAAAACUUUAUCGAUGGCGGUCUUUACCCCCGGGCCCCUGGGGUCUGCCUGUAUUUGGAUACCUACCAUUUUUAGACCCAGAACAACCUCAUUUGACCUUAACUAAAUUGGCGGAGCGUUAUGGACCAAUUUAUGGCAUUGACAUGGGGAGUACAUACGCCGUUGUUCUAUCUGAUUAUCGAUUAGUUCGGGAAGCAUUUGCCAAAGAUGUUUUUUCUGGAAGAGCUCCGCUAUAUUUGACCCACGGAAUCAUGAGAGGAUUUGGUAUAAUAUGCUCUGAAGGAGCUCGGUGGAAAGAUCAACGCAAACUAGUAACGACUUGGCUUAAAAGUUUUGGCAUGAGCAAACAUAGCGUUUCCAGAGAUAAAUUAGAAAAGCGUAUAGCUUCUGGUGUCCAUGAAGUAGUUCAAAAUCUUAGGGAAAACAAUGGGAGGCCUGUUAAUUUGUCGGAUAUGAUAACGCAUUCUUUGGGCAACGUUGUGAAUGAUAUUAUAUUUGGUUUCAAAUUCGAUGCCGACGAUAAGACAUGGCGUUGGUUCAGACAAAUACAAGAAGAAGGUUGUCAUGAAAUGGGCGUGUCCGCUGUCGUGAACUUCCUACCUUUUAUGAGAUUCAUAUCCCCGUCUAUUCAGAAGACAAUGGAAGUUUUAAUUCGAGGGCAAGCCCAAACUCAUAGAUUAUACGCAAGCAUCAUAGCCCGCAGGCGCAAAAUGCUUGGUUUGGAAAAACCAGCUGGUGCUGAAUUGCCUGCACACGAUAAGCUAUUUGACGAACAUCCUGAAGGGUUCAUAAAAUGCACAAAGUAUAGUAAGAAUGCAUCAAACGACGAAGUACAUUUUUUUAAUCCCGACGUAUUAAUUCCAUCCCAGGAUGAAUGCAUUUUGGAUAAAUUCUUGAUAGAACAAAAAAGGAGGUAUGAAAAUAAAGAAGAGAGCGCCAUUUUUGUGACUGACGAACAGUUGCAUUUCUUGUUAGCUGACAUGUUUGGGGCAGGACUUGAUACUACGUCUGUGACACUGUCGUGGUUUUUACUCUACAUGGCAUUAUAUCCGGAUGAACAGGAACUUGUGCGUGAAGAAAUAUUGUCUGUGUAUUCAGAAGAAUGUGAAAUCGACAGUUCAAAAUUACCUAAACUUAUGGCUGCGAUUUGCGAAACACAACGAAUCCGGUCUAUAGUACCCGUGGGUAUACCUCAUGGAUGUUUGCAAGAUACAUAUUUGGGUAAUUAUAGAAUACCAAAAGGUGCGAUGGUCGUGCCGCUGCAAUGGGCAAUUCAUAUGGAUCCUAAUAUUUGGGAAGAUCCACAUGUUUUUAAACCAAGCAGGUUUCUCGACGAGAAUGGGAAAUUGUUGAAACCUCAAGAGUUUAUACCGUUUCAAACAGGUAAGCGAAUGUGCCCUGGCGAUGAGCUUUCAAGAAUGCUUGCGGUUGGCUUCAUGGUUCAAUUGUUUAGGUCUUUUCGCGUGCGACUUGAAUCAAAGCCUCCCUCGACAAAGGAAAUGCAAGGAAAAGUUGGCGUUACUUUGUCGCCGCCUCAUGUUCUUUUCGUUUGUGACUCUGUAUAA